AUGCAGGCGGUGAGUAAGGAAAAGAAAGAACAGAGCAGCACGGGAAAAGAAUUACCAUAUUCUACUAGACAAAUGCAAGCUGCAGUGGAAUUGAGCUGGACUGCAGUUUCACCAUCUAAGGUUACACUUCCAGGCUUGCUCACUGUUGACUGA